AUCUCAAUCUAUUUUAUUUUUUUUGUUCUUUACAGUUACAUACUUUAUGUGUAUUUAUAGAUAUAGGACCUUAGGUAGUACAAUGUUCUCAAAACCAAAAAUAUACAUAAUUUGCUAGUUUUUAUCUUUCGACUUCUGUAACUUGGGUUGGUUAUGGUGGCUAAUGUCGAGUGAUGGAUCAAUAACUGGUUUGAUAUAAUUCUUGGUCGGUCUUUCCUUUUCUUCUUUUUGUUUUUCUGUUUUACUCUUUUUUUGGAUUGAACAUAACUUGUCCUUGCCAUACCUUUUCCUAGUAAUGUUCUGCAGCUACUUAUGUUAUCUGGUUUUGGAGAUUUUAGUUAAGUCUCUACCGAGAAAGGUGUUGUUAUUGUCGUGAAUGUUGUUGGACCUCACAAGUGAAUUUGUUAGCAAUUUAGAGUUUUAAUUGCAGAACCAUCUUGGCAUUUUAAGAUAGUCUAGUCUGACGUGAUUUUUUUUUCAAGUAAAAUCGAUUGUCAAUUAAUUUAUACUCUAUUUUGAAUCAUUUUGUUCUCCAUGGGUUCAUUGAUCAUUCAUUUCUUUAUUAUUACCCCUCAGGCUGGCAUGCAUAUAUAUAUAUAUUCUAGAGCAUCAACUAAAAGAAAAUGGGUUCAGUCCAAUAUGGGAGCCAAAAAUUAUGGCAUCGUCAUUCCUGAUGCAAACAUAGAUUUCAUGAUAAAUGCUUUAGUAGCGGCUGAUUUUGGUGCAACAGGACAAAGAUGCUUGAGCACAGUUGUCUUUGUUAGGAACUCAAAACCUUGGGAAGAAAAACUGUUGGAACGUGCAAAAGUCCUGAAGGCCAGCGCUGGAACUGAACCUGAUGCCGAUCUUGGUCCAGUAAUUAGCGAGCAGGCUAAAAAACGAGUAUGUUGAUUGGUUCAAAGCGGCGUUGAUAGUGGAGUCAAAUUAUUGCUUAGCAGAAGAGCAUAACAUUGAUAUGUAUCUAGUGUUGUUUUAGUUUUAUUGAAAGACGUAUU